AUGGAUACAGGAUAUCCUACCGUUCCGGCCUCAGGUUGCCAAAGCCAAGCGGCCAAUACUUCUGGUAUGGCUAACAAUCGACCACAGUCAUCCCCGUACGCCGGUCCUCAAACUAUCCUACGAUUCCAAGAUGGGCUAGAAUUCAUCAUUCCUACUUCAUUGUACACGAGGUUUUUCUCAUACGAAAUUUCCGAUUUGGAAGAGUAUCUGGUGAAUUUCCCUGGCGAUUGUGGACAUGUUAUCGUCCACUUUCUCUACACGGGAACAUACCAGUAUCUCAAGCUAAAGGGCAUGUGUACAUGUGAGAAGGACAAGGACAUUGAUGAAUUCAUAACAUGUGCCCAAGUAUACAAGAUUGCGGGAGACUGCCUCCUAUUCCCUCUGAAGAAUCUCGUCAGAGAUCAAAUGGAACGCCUCGGGGGCCGGUUACAAGUAACGCAACUCCUUGACGCGGUGAAGGAUGUGCACCCGACUCUUCCCGAUACCGACACAUGGCUUCGCAACUUUCUCAAGUCUCUAGUCGAACGCCUCGUCGAGAAUCCUUCAAUUCCCAUCGAAUUCAGUGAUUCGCAGAGCCUUGGUCACCAUACCUCGAUCGCUAGUGUCCUUGUUGGAACUACAGUCCAGCUAUGUCGCGAAAAGGUUCACGCAUCCCAGCGACGUCCCGCCGUCGUGGUUACAAUUCAGGGUCAUCUUCACGAAGCUCAAAACCGAGGAAUUGAACAUUUAGAACCCAAGCUAGUUCUCGACCAGGAUCCGCAGAAGGAUCAGAAUGCGAAGGAGAAAAUAAAGGAAGAGAGAGAGCUACAGGGCCCAAAGAACGGGGGAAACGUCUUGCCUGUGUAUCCUGUGGGCAGAACGAGCUCAAGCAAUGUCAAGGAACCUAAAGUACCGACUAAUCCCAACAAUGAACAAAAGUUUGAGGUCCCCCUAACCACGGGGGCAGCGACGUACUAUGACAUGCCAGAGGCUCACACAGUUUACUCUUUCGAAAGGCUCCUAAAUGUAUGCGCAGAGGAGCGCUUCAGAAAGUUCUCUCCCGAGGAACUGCGAUGGAAACAAUUGGUUUGGGAGAGAGAUCACCCCGAAGGUGUCUAGUCAGAGUUGCAGGUGGUGAAAUUUCGUGUUGUUUACGCAUAUGCCAGAGUAAUAAAGUCUAAUGCUGGAAAGGAAGCAACUUCUUUGCAGAUUGGAUGGUAUGGUUGCUGAGCUUGUUUGUUUAAUUCCGACAUUUGGCAGUCUGGUUGAUAAUAGUCUGAAGGACUUGACGAUGGAUUUUUGAGAAUUGCUCCUCCUGGAAACCAGGUAGUGACAAGAUAAUAGUUAAUGAAACGAGGCGUUUAUCCAAUCCCAGUUACUCAUAGCUUGGUAUUACUUAUAAACAAUAUAAAGCUGGACCAUCUGAUUGG